AUGAACGGAUUGGUAAUCGUCCUGUGCGCCGUAGCUGCGGUUGCAUCCGCGCUCUCGCCAGUCUCCGUGGAGCCGCCAGUUCCAAUUCUGAGACAGGUGGCCGAGGGUCCGAAUCCCGACGGAAGCUACAGCUACAAUUUCGAAACAGCGAACGGUAUCCAGGCCCAGGAAGUCGGCUACCUGAAGGCACCUGGCACCACAGCCGAGGCUCGCGAGGCCCAAGGAGGCUACAGCUACACCGCGCCCAACGGCGAGGUAGUCCAAGUGAACUACGUCGCCAACGAGAACGGAUUCCAACCCCAGGGUAGCCACAUCCCACCCAUUCCUCCCCAGAUCCUCAGAGCCCUCGAAUUUAUCGCCGCGCAUCCUGAAGAGAAUAACAUUGGUGCUCAAUGA